AUGAAAGACUCUGUGGCACCACCACUGCCGCCGCCGCAGUAUCCCUUUUAUUCACCGACUUAUUCGCACCAUCAAUAUGGAUCGCCAACUUGGCAUCAUUCACUCUCAUCUCCAUCUCAUCAUUAUGAUCUACCGGCACCGUCCAGAUCAACUUAUCGAUAUACACCUGCACCGCACUACUAUUCUCCACAUGUAAAUGGCAGAUCUCCUCCUCAAUAUCAAUCGAAUGGUCAAUAUGUUGAAGAUGAUGAGGAUGCACAAUCAGAAGAUGGCGAUGGAUCAGUUUCACCAAGACCAUUCGACAAAAAAAUGUUUAUCGGUGGACUUUCAUGGCAAACAACACCUGAAAACUUAAAAAAUUAUUUUGGUCAAUAUGGUGAAGUAUUAGAAUGCAUGAUUAUGAAAGAUGCUAUUACAAAACGUUCUAGAGGUUUUGGUUUCAUCACAUUUAAAGAUGCUAGUUCAGUUGAAAAAGUUCUGGCAAAAGAAGUUCAUAUGCUAGAUGAAAAACAGAUCGAUCCAAAGCAGGCCUAUCCUCGUCAGAAACAUCCGAAAAUGGUGACACGAACUAAAAAAAUCUUUGUCGGUGGACUUUCAGCCAAUACAACUGUUGAAGAUGUAAAAAAAUACUUCGAACAAUAUGGAAAAGUAGAAGAUGCAAUGCUAAUGAUUGAUAAACAAACUGCACGUCAUCGAGGUUUUGGUUUUGUCACUUGGGAAUCUGAAGAUGUUGUUGAUAAAGUGUGUGCCAUUCAUUUUCAUGAAAUUAACAACAAAAUGGUGGAAUGUAAAAAAGCUCAACCAAAAGAAGUUAUGUAUGCUCAACAAAUGGCUAAAGGCAAAGCAGCAUUACAGCGUGGUGCCUAUGGUGAUAUACUCAGUGCUUAUGUUUAUGGUCUUAAUCGAAGUAUUCCGACAACAUAUGCUACACCUAUAUAUCCAUUUUCGCCAGGUUUACCAUCAGCACAAAUAAGUUAUAUUCCAGCUGCUGUUGGACUUCAAACACCAACAUUAACACCAGCUGGUGACCAACGCUAUUUUGAGUAUCCAUUAACACCACAACCUAUGCCGGGUGGAGGUGGUCAACUUCAUCGUGAUUCAUUAUUACAAAGAAGUGGAAAUGGACUCGACUUUUUUCAAGCAGAUCCUCUAGCUGCACAAUAUUUACAGCCAACAAGUCCAACACCAGGAUUGCCUAUAGCUGCAUCACUAUUGACAUCACCGUAUACCAAUGGAUUUCAUGGUCUUUAA